AAUGGUCUUUACUUUCGCAGCGCGUUGAAUGUUCACUGCCCACACAUCGAUCGGGCUGUGCUUACUCAUGCCCAAAACGACACAUACAUUCCUCGCCAUUGCCGCGUCCAGGCCUCCCUUCAAAGACACUUACGAUUGAUUCAAUUUAGCAUGCCACUGAACAAGACCGGCGCCCUCUCAUCAAUAAACUUGGCAGGAAACAGUAGUUCUUAGUAAGUCUUUCAUCAAUGGAACCUCGGAGCACAUAAGUAAGCAGGGGACCCUGUCUACGAUCCAGACGAGUUCGGCACUCAGAUGUGAGGCAACUUGAUCAAUACUUCCCUCAUUGUUCUUACAAUUCGAUCUUCUUCUCGGUUGGUCUUGGCAUACAACGCCUUUGACGAACGCGGCAAUCGCUGAUCCAUGCCAACACAAACGAGCGGCAGCAGUCUUGGCCCAAUUCCACACCCUGCGUCACUUGUUCCGCCGGCUCGCGGAGAGAGGGGGCCAAGGGACUUUGAGAAUCUCAAAUCGAACGAUUUACUUCGUCGCCUGAAUUCGACGAGUCGAUCAGGUAUCUGGGUACUUGCCCCGAAUUUUGGAGGUAAGAGCUGGGAGAUAUUCUUUCUUUAUUCACUUUCAGCUUACCCCGAGCCAAGGGUCCUACGUCAAUCUCAUCCCUUGCAACACCCUCAGCUCUGCCAACCAAGCUCUCCAACACUGCACGUCAAUAUUUUUCCCCCUUCUUUGGAAUAAAGUAAAACGAAUGCUUUAAUUCAAAGCUCGGAGUUUGGGUAUUCCAAAGUAAGCUCCGACCAUAUUGGAGUCCAAGAAGAAGAACAAUCAAAAGGAGAAGAUCGCCCACCGGCACAGUCCGUGGCAUACCAGACUAGCAAAUCGCCGUUUUCGUCAGAACACCAAGCAAAGAAUCUCACCAGCCUACGUACAAGCCAAACAAUACCAGAGAGCAAACCUCCCUUCCUAAUGAGUACCUCGUCCCAAUCCGACAGCAUCGCCCCUGCCGCCGACUCCGCCGCCCAAACCGUCAACACCCUCCUCCUCCGCACCUAUGCCCUGCUGCAAACGCCUCUGUCCAUCCUGAAGCUUCACCAGGCUCUCAACGCUGCGGACCAGGCCCUCGCCAUAGCGGCGCACUUGCACCGCUUCGAUCUCGAGCCCCGCGCGUACUUGUACCGCGGCCACGUCCUGAGUGCCUGGGGCCGCUGGCGCGAGGCUCAUGCCGCCUACGUCCGGGCUGCCAGCGCGAGGGGGGUCGGGUUCGCGGGGACGAACAUCCGGGGCUUGACAAGAGGUUGUCUGGCGAUGAUUGAGUUCGAGAACAUGAGGCGCCAGAACAUGAGGCGCGCUCUGGAGAUUGGAGACCAAGCAAAGGACGGGUUGAAGAUGGUUCGAUUUAGGGACGAGGAGAGUCUGGUUCUCAAGGCCUUUUACGAUUAUGAUGAUGACGAUGAUACUAAUGACGACAUUGACGACGAUGAUGAGACGCACUCUGAAGCGAGUCACAGUGGGCUCUAUCUUAUUUUGAACGGCAGCGGAGAAGUUGUCGGUAGCCGGGAGAGUCUGCCUGACUUGAGAAGUGUACGUGGUAGAUCUGUCACCAGAUCGCUGACAUUGUGAGUGUAAGGGGCGGGAUAACGAUGGUAAUUACGAGUACAAUAGCAACAAUUUCAAAGCGGAAACGUUUUUGAUGAGCGCCG